UUCCUGACACAAACAAGAGAAAAUCUGUGGAUGCUGGAAGUCCAAGCAACACGCACAAAAUACUGGAGGAACUCAGCAGGCCAGGCAGCAUCUAUGGAAAAGUGUGCAGUCGACAUUUCGGGUUGAGACCCUUCGGCCGGACGUUACCUUCCUUACUCUGAAGAGCUCGCGCUCUUCUAACUAGGAGUCAGCUGCAUCUGAACGGCGACAAAUUGCCGAGCGACCUCAGAGAGAGAGCUUCCGCCGAUUCGAGGUGUUUGCAGAAGCCCUCAUGGAUUCCUUUGCCAGCCACCGGUUCUCCCUGGUUUUGAUCGGCGCUCUUCUCGGCGGUGGACUCUGCGGUGUGAGGAGGAUUACCGAGCUGAGUGCGCUGGGCAGCUCAGGGGGGCAGCAGGAACAGCUGGAGAUAGAGAAUUACACCUAUUGGGACCAAGUGGAAGCUCCUGCUAGAUACAGUCUAAACUCGUCCAGACUACACAUAUCCACUGUCCUGUUCUGUCCGUCAUCGCAGUGCACACCCUGUGUCCGUGUGGCAAUCGAGAUAAACCACAAAGUGCCCGUGAAAAUAGAAGGAGUGCAAAUUCAUUUUUUCGAAUAUAAGAGCAACAGAAACGAUGAGAUCCAGAUUCGAUGGAAGAACCACAAGCAGCCUCUUAGUGCUGCGGACUUUGUCUUUGAAUGCUUUGAAUCACGUGGUAAUGCUGAAGUGGAGAUUGCAGUGAAGACAAUUCCAAACUAUGGAUCCCAGUUGGAUAAAGUUUACCACGUGGAGGAUUAUGAAAAGGGUCCAAAGAUCAGUUACACUGUCAAUCCCGAGCAGAAGCAGAUCGCAGUUACUGCUCCGCCAGGGCGUACUGUGAAGGCUAUGUUAUGUUACAGGCGAGGCCUGAUAUGUCGUGAGCUAAACAAACAUUCAGUUCAGCUGAAUAACUCCACAUCUACUCUGUCUUAUAACUACUUGCUUCCUUGCCUCUGUAUCCAGGCGUUGUACCUCGGGCCCGAUAGCCUUCGGAUAAUAGACUGUCCAUUCACUGAUGCUCCUGAAGCCGUUGGUCCCGAUCUCUGGAGGUCAAGCAACUUCUCAGAUACAAUUCAACUCAAGAACAACAUGGCAGUCCAUUAUAAAGGGAAAUGCUCCAUUAAACUUGGUGCAGUCCUCUGUUGGAAGUCAAAUGGAUCCUGUGUCGAGUUCAACGAAUCAGCUGCAAGGCUUUUACGAUCUACCUAUGUGUUUGAGAGCGUUGACAAACAUUCUCGGAUGUGUAUCAAGUUUAAGUAUAAAAACAGCAGCCACGUUGAGUGUCGAAACAGGCCAGACACUGAUUGGAAUGUCACCAUGGCGACGGAAACAAACCAGCUCCUGCUUACAUUUGUCUCACACUUCCCAGCAUCCUUCAGUGCCGUUCUGUGCAAGUCGGUGGGAGCUGACUGCAGAAAUACGGGCCUCGUCCACUGCAUAACUCCCAGUCCGAAGCACAAUCAGACUGAACUAAGCUCCCAGAAAAUCCUCAUGAUCCUACCUGUGGAAAGCCCAGAAUUCUGUGUAAGGGUGUGGCGUUCUGAUGUGAAAUUCUCUGGGAAGCAGCUGCUUUGUCCACAUUACUCCCAACAGUGGAUAGGAUUUGGCCUCCUGAGCAUAUUGAUUGUGUUCGUCACUGUGGUGUUGACUGUUUCUGUGUUUUGCAAGUUUUCAACUAAAGUUGCAUCAGUGCCUAUCUGGAGCAGAACAGUGUUGCUGCUGUACUCGCCAGACUCUGAGGAACACAAGAUGUUGGUCUGCGCCUUUGCUGAUAUUCUGAAGAAUGAAUUGGACUACAAUGUUAUCCUUGACCUAUGGGACAGUGGCAGUGUGGCAGAAAUUGGCAUUGUAGCUUGGCUUUACAGCAAGAGGGAACUUGUGGAGACUGAAGAAGGAAAGAUAAUAAUCAUUUGGUCAAGGAAAAGCCAGGAAAUGUACAAACAGUGGAACAUGUUGGAGCCAGUGUCUCGACUCAAUCACGAUGAUGUCCAUGACCUUUUCGACACCUCACUGGCUUGCAUUUAUAAUGACAUUUCAAGAAAUAGGAGAAUUAAGGAUUACAAUAUUAUUUAUUUUAAUGGACUAUGUAGCAAAGAAGAUAUUCCAGAAAUUUUUGACAAGAUCCCUAAAUUUCAAAUGCUGAAGGAUUUUUCGAACCUUGUGAGUGAACUGCAGUCAUUUGCUGACCUGCCUUGCAGUCUCAAGUUAAGUACGAAGUAUUUGGUGUGUAAAAUCCUGAAGUCUGAGAAAAUGAAAAGGCUGAAAAGGAGGAUAGAACAUUCUAGAAAGUUGCAUGAGCAGAGAACCUUACAGAAAGAGCUUCAUAGGUAAUUGGGAGGAGGGGUAGAGACCAUCUUUGCGUCUCUUGCUUGUGCUUUUAUUUGAUGAUAUUCUAAUGAUGAUAUGGCAGGUAGCAAGUACUACACCAACAGCAAGAUUGCUGUUUUUGAAGGCUUAGUAAAUUCACUAAUGGACUUAUUCAGUACGCAAUCCAUUUAGGUGAUGCUUGCAGUAUAAAGGAGCCUGUCACACAAAGAGAAAGUCUCUUAAUCUAUGAGUAUGUUUCACUUUAUUCAUUGCUUGAAGUCAGCUUUACAGAGACUGCCCACAGGGCUAGAAGAAAGAGAAAAAUUCCUGAUAAUGAAAGGAAAAUGAAGAUGGAAAGAAAUGAUGAGGCCGAGAGGCAUGAGUAGCAGCUCAGCAAUUUAAACCAAUGAAGGAUUGUAAAAGAGAGAGAAUGUUACUCAUUGCAAAGUACUUGGUGAGAAUAUGCCAGCAUCAAUCCAAUCCUCAAAGGCAGGGGUUCCCAACCUUUUUUAUGCAUGAGCCCUUACCAUUAAACAAGGGGUCCGUGGACCCCAGGUUAAGAACCCUGCUCGAAGGAAAACCCAAGCAAACCACAACAGAACCUCACCUACCUCAUUCUUUGCCUUGCACCUUGAGUUCAAAAUAGUUUUUACAGUAGCCAGCAGGCUCCUGCAAACUGUCAUCUUGUCUAGAUGAGGUCUGUAUUUUCAUUACAGGAAAACUUCACCUCUAGUACUUGUGUGCGGAUAGCUGACUCAGUGCACAUUAUUAUGUUGUGUUAGGGUUUUUAACUUCCUAUCAUUGCACUGCAUGCUGCAGUUCUGUUGAUGCUAACCUGAAGUGGAUGUAUUUUCCCCUCAUACUCAACACCUCUGUACUUUGUAGAGUCCAAGAACGCUGAAGGCAGAAAAUAGUGGACAAGGACUUCUAUCCUGCUUUUCCAUUGUCUUUUUUUUUCUAAAGAAAAGCUUUUGUUGUUAUUGAGUGGUUUAAGAACCCAGAAUUUUCUUGCUCAUUGCAUUCAAUGUAAUGUUGUGUUAGUAAGGAAAUCUUCAAAGUGUUUAGCAAAUUAUACACUAAGUACAGAGUAUUAGCUUGAAAGCAGACUACAGAUGCAAUAUAUACCAAGUCCUGUCUGUUUGGUAUCUCUUUGGAUUCAUACAUUUACUCCAUCCCUGGUUCAGUAACUCAUAGUGUCUUACCUUUUCCAGUUGGACAUGCUGAGCUUUCCCUUGUUUAUUUCUAUCCAGUUUGGCUACACUCUGAUAUUCACACUUACAAUAACAGAGAAGCCUUUCAUCUUCCCACAGGCCAAGAAUUCUUCAUGGUCCAGAGAAUGUCAUAAACUGUGUUAACAGCUGUGCCACCUGUGAUCACUAUGAUCUGUGGCUAUUCAAUUUAACCCUUUCUCUGUGUGAACUAUUUGCCAUUUAUGUCUAAAAUCACGCUAAUAAGCAUAUGAUGCCGUAACCUCAGCUCUGCACUCUGUCCUGUCCCACCUAAAAAAUAAUGCCUCAUACGCUAGGAUGUUGUUCAUUAACUUCAACUUGGCAUUUAACAUGAUCACCCCCAGAGGCUGGUGGGUAAACUGUCCUCAAUGGGACUCGACACCUCUCUGUAACUGGAUCUUGGAAUUCUUGAUGGAAAAAUCCCAGUCAGUCUGAGUUGGCAACAACAUCUCAAGCUCCGUCACUAGUGUGUGUGCUCAUGCUGCUGCAGUUCACGCCACUGACUCAUGCCUGCACUGCCAGAUCCAGCUCAAACCACAUCAUCGUUCACUGACGAUAUGACAGCAGUUUGCCUCAUCGACAACGAUAAUGCGUCAGCAUAGAGAGAGGAGAUAAAGAGGCUUGUUGAGUGGCGUGAGAAGACGAGAUGAUUGUGGACUACAAGAAGGCACAGGCUGACCACUCUCCAUUGCACAUUAAUGCCUCUGCAUUGGAGAGAGUAAAAAGCACAAAGUUUCUUCAUGUGCACUUAAUGGACAAUGAAACCUUGACCCAAAACACCACCUCAUUUGGUCAAGAAGGCACAGAAGUGUCUAUACUUUGAGGAAACUGAGGUGUGCAAGGUUCCCUGCCCCCAUUCUACAGGAGUACCAUUGAGACUGACCUGUCUGGCUGCAUUUUUGUGUGGGACGGAAGCAGCAGGGCAUUGGACCACAAGACCUUACUGAGGACAGUAAAAAUCACUGAGAGAAUCACAGGAGUCUCCCUCUCCCUAUUUGACAUUUACUGGGAGCAGUGUAUACAAGGGAAUUGUUCUGGCUCCCCACCACCCAUCCCACAAUCUCUUUGACCUACUACAGUCAUGAAGAAAGUACAGAAGCAUCAGGACCAGUACUGGUUAUGGUUGGUUAUGACUAGACUGAACAACUGCCUCAGCAAGGACCUGGACCCAU